UCUUUCUCUCUCAAAAAUAUGUUUGACCAAAUGAUGCUACACUACCCACACAGGCCAAUGGAAAAUAGAUGGAAACCUAGUAUUGAAAUUGCACCAAAUUGUCCAAGGUGUGCCUCCCCCAAUACUAAGUUUUGCUAUUACAACAACUAUAGCUUGUCACAACCUAGGUAUUUUUGUAAAGGGUGCAGGAGGUAUUGGACCAAAGGUGGGUCCCUUAGAAAUGUUCCUAUUGGUGGUGGAUGUAGGAAGAACCGACGCUCACGACCUGCUAGAUCUUCACAGGUCGAGAGUGGUAACUUGAGUUAUGUCAAUAACCCGAGUUUUAGUGGCGACUCAUCCAGUGAAUCACCAGAAAGAGCUAAUAUCGACCUUGCGGAUGUCUUUGCUAAAUUCUUGAGCAAAAACUCAAAUCAACACAAUCAAGAGACAAUAGGAGAUGAUUCUUCCAAUGGAAGCUUCGUGCAUUAUGACUAUUCGGAAGAUGGUAAAAUGCAAAACAUGGUGAUUCCUCCAUUUAGUGGUGAAGAUAGCGAAAUCGAAGAAUUCAUGGUUCAAGACACGAAUCUUCUUGAGCUACAAGAUAUACUAAAUGAAGAAUUGCCACAAGAUUUAUCUUGGAAUGGUGAUCAUACUACUACAAUUCCUAGUUUUGCAUGGCAACAUGAUUUUGAGCCAUUCGUGUGCAACAAAGACGAUUUGAACAUUUCUACGGAUGUAGUAACCGAGGAUUGGAGCACAACACCACUGGAUCUACCACCGGUUGGGAAUUUUUUUCAGAGCUUUAAUUUGACAUGA